GCCAUAGCUUCCAGCUCACCUGCACCGUCAGCGACCCCGCGCCCCAGUCACAGCGCUCCGCCUACUGCCGUCGCCCCUCAAUCGCUACCCACCCCGAGUCGUCGUAUUAUUAUUACUACUACAACACAUCAGCAGCCAUAGGAGGCCUCACUCUCUUCCUCUUGGGCUACAUCGUCGCCGUCUAGUCGGCCGUCAUGGCGACCCAGAAAAGAGAUGCCAGGGGCAAAAAGCUUGCCGUCAUGAACAAAUAUGUCUACGAUGCGUUUCUGUGGACAUUCUCUAUCCUGGUCGAGCUGUUCUUCCGUGAAGUGCAUCCUAGGAGUAGCUGGAAGGUGCCAAAGGAAGGCCCCGUCAUCUUUGUCUGCGCCCCGCAUGCGAACCAGUUCGUCGACCCUCUUAUGUUGAUGCGUGUCGUCAAAAAGGAAGCAGAUCGCCGCAUCCAGUUUCUGAUUGCCGAAAAAUCCAUGAAGCGGAAGUUUGUAGGCGCAAUGGCAGGUUUGACGGGUGUUGUACCUGUAGGAAGAGCCAUGGACAUGACCAAGCCAGCCAAAGGCAAAGUCUAUCUCCCAGACCCCAUCAACGACCCGACACUCCUUCGAGGCAUAGAUACCAACUUUGAAGAUGGCUUGUUCCAGAUUGGCGGCUCCAUUGUGCUUCCAAAGGUGGACAACAAGGCGGCCACCGCUGAGAUUCUCGAAAUCAAGGGCCCAGAAGAGAUCCGGCUCAAGCGCGGCUUUAAGGGAGGCGUCGCCAUGCAGCAGUUGACAGGACGCAACGACAUGACCAAGGACGGCACAUUCAUCGACGGCGCUGAGGCAAAGAAGGGCCUUGCCGAUGGCUACGAGGGAACCCCGUUUCAGGUUGCGCCCAAACUCGACCAAACAGAGGUUUACGAUGCUGUGCACGCGGUUCUGCACCACGGCGGCAGCAUUGGUAUCUUCCCCGAAGGUGGCAGCCACGACCGUACCGACCUUCUGCCUCUCAAGGCUGGUGUCGCUAUCAUGGCGCUUGGCACGGUUGCAACGAAGCCUGACUGCAACCUGAACAUUAUCCCUGUCGGCAUGAACUACUUUCACGCGCACAAGUUCCGCUCAAGGGCCGUUAUUGAAUUCGGAACACCAAUCCUCGUUCCCCCAGCGCUGGCCAAGAAGUUUGAUGGCCCCGGACGGCGAGAGGCGAUUGGCGAGAUGCUGGAAACCGUUCGCCAAGGUCUCAUUGGCGUCACCGUCACGACACCGGACUACGAUACACUCAUGGUCAUCCAAGCUGUGCGUCGCCUUUACAACUCCAAGGGUACCAAACUCCCGUUGCCCAGGAUUGUCGAGUUAAAUCGCCGCCUUGUGCAAGGGUACGAACGCUACAAGGAAGAUCCCCGCAUCAUCCAGCUCAAGCAAGAGGUUACCACCUACAACAGUAAACUCAAAGCGCUUGGCCUGCGAGAUCACCAAGUGCAAUACGCCAAGAUGCACCCCAUCACAGCUGCCGGUCUCUUCUUCUACCGCCUUGGAAAACUCUGCUUUCUGGGACUGCUCGCCCUUCCUGGAACCCUUCUUUUCAGCUUUGUUUUCAUUCUUACCAAGAUCGUCUCUCUCCGAAAAGCCAAGGAGGCUCUUGCCGCAUCCAACGUGAAGAUCCAGGCUCGGGACGUUAUGGCGACGUGGAAACUUCUUGUUGCCAUGGCUGCCGCGCCGGCAGCUUAUGCCUGGUAUGUAUGUCUCGGGCUUUACUGGUACUCAUACAACAACUGCAACGGAUAUCUUCCCGCUGGUAUCCACAAGCGGUGGCUCAUUCUUCCACAACUCAUUGUAUACGUCACAAUCACUUAUGGCGCUCUCCGCUUCGGUGAGGUCGCCAUGGACAUUCUCAAGUCUCUUGGACCUCUCUGGAAGAUGAUGAGCCCCUUCUCGAACACCGAACUCGUCAAACUCCAGGAACGCCGCGAGAACCUUGCCAAACGCGUCAACGACAUCAUCAACGAGCUUGGCCCCGAGAUGUACGAGGACUUCCACUCUAAGCGUAUCGUUGAAGACCCCUUUAUCAGAGACAAGAAAGAGCGUCCUCAAACGCCACAGACCAAGUCGGAUGGUGUCCCUCGAGUCGAGGCUGGUCAAGAUAUGGAUACAUACGAGUACCCAACUUCGCCGGGCUCCAUGAACGAGAUACCGCGCAACGAAUCGUUCCACGACCUUGCCAACCAGGACUUCUUCUCUAGCAGGCCGCAGACGCCCAAGAAGAGCCAUAGCAGGAGCAAUAGCAGCAUGAACCUCAGCGGCUUCCAGCUCAAGCCUUUUAGCACUAUUGACGGAAACAUGGACGAGGUCAAGAGGAGGUUGACAGAUGGUGUCAGGACGAGAAAGAGGCGCAGCAGCGGAGAGGGAAGCUUUGACGAUGGCGAGGAUGGCGAAGGGCUGACCAUGGGUCAGAAAGGUUGAUCGCACACAAAGUAGGGUGGUAGGAAAGGCUUAGGGAGGGAUACAUGUCGUUGUUUUGUCGCGCAUUCAUACAGAAGAUA